AUGCCUAAUGUAAGGUAUUGUUGUGUGCCUCAGUGUCGUCAAAAAGGAUUCGAAAAUUCAAAAAGUGAGACUAAAGUCUCAUAUUUUAAGCUUCCAGAUAAAGAGUCUUUGCGAAUACAAUGGCUUGAAGCUAUAGGAUUGGAAGACGAGGUAUUAAACGCUCAAUCGAAAGUUUGCUCCAUUCAUUUUCUUGAAAAUGAAAUGUUCGAGUCCUCAAAUGGACGUGUAAAUUUGGCAAAGGAUGCAAUUCCUUCAAAAUUUCCACCGAAUUGCGAUGCAAUGCCGACAGCUGAAAGUGCUCAAUGCAGCUUUUCAGAAUAUCAAAUACAACAAGGGCUAUCAGAAGAAAACGCUUACCUAACAAUGUGUGCAACUAUAAAAACACUUGAGGACAAACUUCGAAAUUCCGAAAGAGAAAAAAA